AUGUUCAGGUGGGCCCUGCCCUUCACCCCGGGCCCCCCGGUAGCCUCCCCAGGCAUUGCCAGCCCCAGCCCUGGCCCUGGGGACCCUGACACAGGAGCCCCGGAUGAUGUUUCGGGUUUUGCUGGUUGGCUUGUCACCAGAGAGGUGUCUCUGAGGAAAGCCCCGUCUGCGGCAUCAGCUGGAGGAGAGCCCCGCCCGCCCGCCCGCGGCAUCAGCUGGAGGAGAGCCCCGCCCGCGGCAUCAGCUGGAGGUGGCUUUCAGCUGUGCCUCUCCUCUGGAAGCCACACUGGGGGAAGCAGGAAAUGCAGAGCCCCCUUCGUGGCCUUCCUCCGAGUGCGGCACUACGUGGAAAACGGAAGGAUCGCGAGUGACCCCCGGGCACGACACCUGUACUACUGCCACCUGAAGGAGCGCGUGCUGCGGUCCCAGUGCGCCCACCAGGAGGAGGCCUACUUCCUGCUGGUCACCUGUGCGUUGCAGGCUGACCUGGGCAAGCACCGGGAGCCGACCCAAGCCAGGAGGUACUUCGAGCCUCACUCCUACUUCCCACAGNNGAUCAUCACCAAGAGGGGGAUUGACUACAUCCUCCGUCAUAUACCCGCCCUGCUCCACGAGCACCAGGGCCUGAGCCUCAAGGAGGCCAUGCUGCACUUCAUCCAGGAGGCCUGCCAGCUGGAGGACAUGCCCAUGCACUUCUUCAGGCUGUACAAGGAUAAGGAGGAAGCUUGCCCCACCGUGAUCCUGGGACUUAUCCUCAGGGGAGUGCACAUCUACCAGGGGAAGAAGCUGGAGAUCUGGCCGGAUGGGCUGCCCGCGGCGCGGAAGCUGGUUUACUACACGGGCUGCACCUGGUGCUCGCGGCCCCUGCUGCGCCUGCCCACCAGCCACCAGCUCCAGCUCCGCAUGCGGCCCGCGCUGCACGUGCUGCUGCAGUGGCGGGUGGAGACGGAAGAGAAGCAGCACUACCGGGAGUCAUACGUCAGUGAUGGGCUGGAGCUGGACCUGGACCCAUCCAGCAGGGGCUCCCCGGGCAGCGGGGGCAGCAGGGACAGCGGGGACAGCAGCCAGCACUGCCCCCACCACCUCUCACUCCACUCUGCCAACAGCCACGGCAGCUCCCACACAUCAGGCAUCGAGGCAGACUCCCGGCUCAGGUUUCAAUCCAGAGAGAUGCUUGUGGACCUGCCCUCAGGGGUCCAGCGGCUCCAGGAGAAGGCGCCGUCCUCCGGCCCCAGGACCAGAGGCAGCCGCCCCGGCACACAUGAUGACAGCCAAGCCGCUUGCCGGGAGCCCUGCACCCACAUCAGGACCAGAGGCCACAGAGCUCAGGUUGCAUACCAGAUCCGGGAGAUGAAAGGCGGGGUCAGUGAGGAGCAGCACAGCCGCAGCCUGGACGAUACGCGUGUGCGCCAGCUGGUCCUACACCCAGAGCCCACCUCACCCAGCCACACCUUCCACUGCACCCUGGACCUCAGGCUGGCAUCUCCCUGCGAGACCAGGGCCACUCACCCCAGCAACAGGUCCAAGGACUGCCUGGCUCUGGACCUGCUUGGGGAGGCCCCACCCCCACAGGGGUUUGUGGUGUAGGCACCAUCCGCCCAGCAGCACCGUCUACACCGCCAGCCUCAGUUGGCUCAGCCCCCACCCACCCACUGCCACAUGGCCCUUGGCCCUUCCUGCCCACCGGAUGCUGCCCCCACCUCCAUAGCCAGCAGGCUCCACAGGCUCACCUGGGACAGGCGUGGAACCAGCUCUGACAUCAACCUGGGAGGUGACAGUCCCAUACCUCACGCC